CAUUUGUCAAUCUAGUAUCAAGCGUAUCCGCCUGACCGAGUCAGGCCUCCAGUUGUUCCAUCACACUGCGUACGCCAGCCUUAUCGCCUCUUCGUGUAUCAUCUCCUUCGCUCAUCAUCCGCAUAACACAGAAACCCGAUUCAAGAUGACUACUACCCCCAGGCUGAAAGGCCUCGCACUCUGGGGUGGCAGGAACGAAGUGGUGAGUCUCCCCCCGCCUGAUCGGUCGAGUUCGGUCCCUCAUCAGUGGACCGCGUUAUACCUCGCUUCUCGCCCACUCCCCGCCAAGGUCUCUGCCAUCCACUUCGAUAUUACCAGCCACGACCAGGGAUAUGGGAACCCCCAGAAUGGGCUCUGGUCCUGGUUCGAAGUCUCGAUUUUAGGCGCCUGGGCCGAAGAACCCGAUCCCAACUUGUUCCACGACUUGAGUGACCCGGCCUACGUCCGAUCGAGUCCAGAGGAAUUUGGCGAGUGGAUUCAGGAGCAAGGGCUAUACUUCAAGAAUCUGCCCAUGGGCCAUGCCCAGUCGAGUGGAGAUAUCAGCACGACCCUGGUGAAGAAUAAUCUUCAAUCCCAAUGGCAGCAACAAGUCGCGACCUGGAAGCGAGGCGGGAACGAAGAUGAGAAGAGCGCCGAGCACUUUCUGGACCUCAUCGAGGAAGGCGAUCGGCUGGUGAUCUGGGCAAGAGUGCGGUUUCCAGGGUGGAGAAAUGAGGUCAAAGAAGCUCAAAUAACGGUAUCGGCUCCGGUUCUGAUGUCAGAUCAUGGGGAAAGUUGCGAGAAAACUAGGAUUGCAACACCCACAAGUAUCACGCCAAGGCCUCAUGCUAAACUCAAAACUAUUCAACAAUUCAUCCAGGAACAAGCGCUAUUGGCCCUCGGAAAUGCAGCAGUGCAGACCAGGGAUGCCUUUAUCGCCUCUAUGAAUGCUGACAAGAAUUGGUGGACUUGUAUGGAUCCAAAGAGCGGGAGAUCCAGACACCAGAAGUCAGAUACAGCCACCGAACGAAUCCUCCGCAAGAAGGAAGAACUGUCGAGACUGCCGGAUAAUGACCCUGGAAGGGCAAGUGUCUUGAGAAGUAUUGCAUUUGCGUACGAGGCACGACAACCCGCCACAAGUCAAGAGGAGGAGGAAAGUCUCAACAAAGCAAUCGAAUACUCCCAAUUGGCAGUCCAAGCUAAGCCAGAGCAGCUCGCGUAUCGGAUGUUCCUGAUUAUGAACCUGCAAAUACGAUAUGGACGAGCCAAGCAAAGCACAGACCUCGACCUGAUCAUCACCGAAAUCGAGUCAAUCGAGGCUCUUGGAGGGCAUAGUAAUUUCGUCUUCUUAUUGGGAUUUGGUGCUUUCUAUAUCACGCGGUACGAUGAGACCGGGAACACAGACGACUUGCAAAACGCCCGGGAUAUCUUCAAAGAGGUUCGCCACAUAGUUCCAAAGGAGGAUUUCCUUGUUCAAAUCAUGACAAGUGGCUUGGAAGAGAAGCAUAUGGCGUACAUUCCUGCCGAGCUGGCGAUAGGUGAAAAGGUGGACACUCAUAUCGAUAAUGCGGAGCGAGCUAUUGCCCUCGCGGAGGUCAAUUCAACAAUAUAUCUGCAGCUCCUUCAUAACCUUUUUGAACAAUACUAUCGACGAUACCUUCAAACGGGGCAUAGCAGGGACAUAGAUCUCGCAAUCGCCAGGGCAGAAGAAUCCCUCUCGUUGGAGGUGUCAAAGAACGAUUCGAUAAUAAGGUGGCACACGGCUAAUUCAUUCAUGGCGAGGUGGCAUCGUCAGGGACGACGCGAGGAUUACGACAAGGCACAGGAGCUGACAAAAUCAGCAAUAGAUGCCGCGAUCAGUGGUAGCGCCGAACAAAUAGGGUUCAUCGUACAAAGGGCGGUGUGGAUGGCAACAGAAGAUCCAGACCGGACUGACCAGACACAGGCUCUGCGAGCCUCUAUCGAGGAAGUAGAGAAUAUACGCGCUCAUUCGUAUGAUGGUCUCACUCCACGCUACAAGAAACAGAUUUUAUGUGCGCUUGGUGGACUAUAUAAGGAUCUCUAUGGGUUGACCCACGAUAUCGCCGACCUUGACAAAGCAAUCGACUCAAUGGAGGCCUUCUUUGGUCUGAAUGUUGACGAUACGAGCUCAAAUCGGUUGAUAAUGGGAAACCUCUGGCUCGCGAAGGCCUCUCGCACGAACGAUACUACAGCCUACCGUCGUGGACUGCGGAGUUUCCAGCGAUGCUAUGAAUCUGAUCAAGCCCUGCCUAUAGAUCGUGUACGAGGUGCUUCAUGCGUCAUGCAUCACGCAAUACACCACCUAAACUGGACAGCGGCUAGAAGACUCGCAGAAGAAAUCAUAUUUCCGCUGAUACCUCUUAUCAGCAGCCGCGACCUGAAGCAUGAUGACAAGACUUACAAUCUGCAAAGCCUGUCCGGUCUCGCUGGUCACACCUGCGUCGCAUUACUUCGGAGUGGAUCUCUGACAGAAGCACUUCUGAAAGUUGAGAUCAGCCGAGGUAUUCUGAUUGGCGAUUUGAUUGACCUUCGAAGAGACCUGUCGAACUUGCACAAGGUGCAUGAGGAUCUUGCCCUGGAAUAUAACAUGCUUCGGGAGAAGGCCUUGCGUGAUAUCCAUGUGGAUGAGCCGCAGCCGACUAACAACCGUCGUGGUGCAUUCCAACUUCUGCAACAGUGCGAGAGUCGCAUCCGUGAGAGGAUGGGCUUUGAGAACUUCCUGCAGCCGGUAACACUUCCGGAUAUUAUCGACUCUUCCCGCGAGGGGCCGAUUGUUGUGGUGAACGUAACCUGCGUGUCAUCCGAUGCUAUUCUGAUCACCCCGGAUUGGAUCAAACAUUUACCGCUCGAUAGCAUGAUCAGCCAUUCUGUACCGCAGUUUCGUCAUCAAUUAUUGCGAAUGCGGUGCACUUGGAAGUCAGGGCCCAGAGAUCUAGAGAGUGAUCUGCCGCCAGAGGCGCAAGAUGUGGAUCUCCUGUCAUGGCUCUGGUACACUUGUGUAAAGCCAAUCCUUGAGCUGCUCGCGUCGCAUAACAGCAUCUCUUCUCGUCAGAAAAGCCGAGUCUGGUGGAUUGGCGUGGGUGCGGCGAGUGGACUCCCCUUCCACGCCGCCGGGGACUACACCACCGGUCCUCAGGAUGAGAACACGGCAAACGAGAAUUGUCUCGACCGCGUCAUAUCUUCAUAUACCCCAACGAUCAAGACUCUUCAAAAUUCCCGGCGCAACGCUCAGCGAAGGGCGGCCCAGGCACCCGUCCAGCCCGAGGACAGCCCGUCUCUGUUGAUCGCCACGAUGGCGGAUACCCCGGGUCAUGGCACACUCCAUGGGGUCCGCCGGGAGGCCAAAGCUAUUAUCGAUACUGUCAAACACGCCAUGCAUGUAAAGCAUAUGGCUGAGCCUUCUGCCGACGAGAUUCUUGCUCAAAUAUCGGCGUGCCAGCUGGUACAUUUUGCCUGUCACGGACACUCGGAUCCCGAGGACCCGGCUGAGAGUCAUAUGCUUCUGAAGAAGAGGAGUGGUUCGGGCUUCGUGGUGGACAAACUAACCGUCUCUCAGCUCCUUGAUCAAGCGACGUCUUGUGCCUGGAUUGCGUAUUUGUCUGCCUGUUCCACCGCGGAGAAUCGCGCCGAGAAGCUGCGCGAUGAGGGAAUACAUGUGACUACUGGGUUCUUGAUUGCAGGCUUUCCGCAUGUCAUCGGCUCCUUAUGGCCAGCAAACGAUCAGGUCUGCGUGUACAUGGCGGCGUUUUUCUAUGAGGCGCUGAUCAGGCGGCUGGCUACUACUCUGGUUGAUCCGAAUCGUGCGGUAGCAGAGGCGGUUCAUGAUGCAACACUUAGAAUCAGACGGCAGUAUUAUGACAGUCCAAUGUCCUGGGCAUUGUAUACCCACAAUGGGGCUUGAACCUGUUUUCAAAAAGAUGUUCGCUGAGCAGCAUGUUGGAGCAUGAUAGUGCAGAGAUAGGUGGCUGUCAUCAAGUGUUCAUCCCGCGUAUUUCGACCCUCAUACCUGCUGUUAUAGCCGCCAACCUCACGGUACCACUGCCUACCACUUGCCAUCGAGAAGCGAAUAAAGGACAAUGAGAUCAGAACAUCGCAUCUAAAAGAUUGCUCUACCCUAAUAAGUGUGUUUUGAUGGCGAACAUUUCCAAAUAGACGGAUCGACGCUGGCAUAUGAGGGUGUGGGUGAGCAACUUCUUGCUCUUGCUUUAUUGCUUCCGUUUUCUUUACUUUCUCACCCAUGUAACUCAGUCUCAAGGUUCACUAGGGUUUCCAAGUCUCUUGUGCUUCAACUCACUCGCUGCUCUAGAAACGAUUCCUCGAAUCUUAACAUGUG